UCCGCUUCGCCAUCGUCCGCCGCCGCCGCCGCGCCCAGCUCACGUUCCGAAUGGACCCGCCGGCGAAGUCGGGGCCGCUCCUGCUACAGCAGCCACCGGGGUUGCUCCUGGGGGCCAAGCGGUGGAAGAAAAGCUGGUUUGUGCUGUACCCAGCAAGUCCUCAUGGAGUUGCCCGUCUGGAGUUCUUUGACUGCAAGGAAGGAGCUGCUCCAGCUGACCGGAUCAGUACCAAGAGGCUGGACAAGAAGAUUGUGCGGCUGGCAGAUUGCGUGAGUGUGGCUCCUGCCCUGGACUGCAGCCCCAAGGAGGGCUUGGCUGCCUUCUGCCUGGAGACCAGCAGCCGCACCUACGUCUUUGCCACCGAGCCACAGGAGGCGGCUGACUGGGUGGCGAAGCUCUGUGAGGCAGCCUUUCUGACUAACCCUGGGAAAAUGACCCCAUCUGCUACGGAGACCGUUGGAGAACGGGACCUGGAAAUGGCCACAAACUCCAUUUACUACUCAAGAGAAGAAGUGAAUGAGUUCUGGGUCACUGUGCAGAAGACUGAAGCUGCUGAGCGCUGCAAGCUGCAAGGGAGGUAUGUGCUGAAGGCCUCUUGGAACAAGCUCAUCCUCAGAGAGGCCCCCUCCAGCCUGCCCCUCUACACAUGGCCCUAUCGCCUCCUUCGCAGAUAUGGCAGGGAUAAGGUAAUGUUCUCCUUCGAAGCUGGCCGGCGCUGUGAAUCCGGUCCUGGCAACUUCACCUUUGAGACCAAGCAGGGCAACGAGAUCUUCCACAUGGUGGAGGCUGCAAUCCAAGCUCAGAAGGCCCAGGUAGAAGGGCAUCGGCAAAGCAGCAGCUCCCUUGAGAUGGAGACCCCUGGCGUCUUCUCCCUCCAGAACGCUGUGGCCAACUCCCUCAGCCUGGAGGGAGAGGGCGCUACUGCUGCUUCGGAGAGACGGCCGCCCAGGUGCACCUUGGCAGCCAGGGCCAGCGUCGCUGGGGAGGGGAAGGAAGCCGCCAUGCCCAAAGGGCAAAACCCAUGGCCGAGCUCUUCGCUGCGGCCCUCCCUCUCUGGGAUGGCUGGCUCUGUGGAGGACACCAACAAUGUCUACUCUGAGCCUCUGGAUGCGGUGAAGGGCUCGCGGCCAGACUCCCUCUACGCUGACCCCGUUGACAGCCAGCGUCAGGAAGAAGGGCCAGGCCGGGGCUCUAGCCUGGCGGAGGAGCAGCCCAGGCCACGGACUUGCGGGGUCCAGAGCGGCAAGCAGCACAUCUAUGAUGAACCUGAGGGAAGAGCCCUGUGGCCCACCCCCACUUCGGCCGCCAUCUACGAUGAGGCACGUCUCCCCUGCGAGGCCUGGCGGACUCAGGGCUUGGAGAGCCAAGCUGGCUAUGAGUUGCCGUGCCUUCCUGGAACCGGUGAUUAUGCUGUCCCUGCUUUCCACCAAAAGGCUGGGCUGAAACCCCCCAGGCCCAGCCCUGCUCCCAAGCCUCCCCGGGUGCACAAGAAAUCCGCUCAGCCAGAGGCCAGCAAGACCAGAGCAGCCCCCACCCUGGGCCCAGAGGGGGUCUGUAACAGCAACAACAGCAACAACGGCAGCGACCCACUCUACAGCCGUGUGCUCAAGCCGCCCUCGGCCCUUGGCCCUUUGGGACCCGAGCAAUCGGUGGACGAAAGCCGGCCAGCCGCUGUGUACGAAGACCUGGGGGAGAUCUGAGAAGGGACCCUGAGCUGGGCUGGAGCCAGAGCAGCCUUUCCAGUGGGACCUUCUUCUGCAGGCUGCCUGCUGGGGAGGGGGGCUAGCCAUGCAUACGCCUUCUUGGAAGAGGCAGGCCGAGACCCCAAGUGACAGCAAUCUUGUUGGGCAGCAAAGGCUGCCUCUUCCAUGAGGGCCCUAGCCACUGUGUGGGAAUGGCCUCCAAAGGGAGGACGGACCCCUGGGGAGCACACAGCCCCCUCCUGACCCCCGGGACAUCGCUUCUUUGGGACUGCAGUCUUUGGCAGUAAGCCCAGAAAGCCUGACAAGCCAUUUAGGAGGUUGCUGCUUCCUUUGGUUGCUGCAGAAUACUGGGGAGAGCCCCUGCUGGCCCACUGCCCCCCCCUCCCCCCAAUGUUAGAGGCAGCCUGCAUGGUGGGCUGAGGCUUCCGGCUCUGUGCCCAAGGCUGUCCUGCCUCUGCAGGAGGCUGAGAAGGGCUCCUG